GUCACUUCCGUUAGACAGCCAGUCUAGGGAGGAGGUCCAAAGCAAAGCAAUUUACAAACUGUUAGACACAUCAGUGACUGCAUUUAGAGAGCUAAUGGGAAUCUCUUUUUCUGAGAGCUCAAUGGCAAACGAUUCACAUGCUGAAUCUCACCUGUGCCAAACGUCCACUACAAGUGUAGUUCUGCCCAUUAUCUACACCAUUAUGUCUGUCACCGGCCUGCCAGGGAAUGCUAUUUCUCUCUGGGUGUUCAUACGCAAAAUUGCCAUCAAAACGUCCACUCACAUCUACCUGAUAAAUCUAGGGAUCUCAAACUUUCUGCUCUGCCUAACCAUGCCAUUCCAGGCCACAUACUACUCACUUGGGACCAAAUGGCACCGACAAGACACCAUGUGCCAAAUGGCAAUAAGUGGUCUAACUCCAGUGAUCCACAUCAACAUCUGCAUAGGUGUGAUGAUAUUGAGCUGGGUGGCACUCAGUCGCUUCACCUCGCUGAUUCAACACUCCCAUGCUGACCGUCCAAGCCGAUGGCUCAACGUUUUACCAGGUGCCUUCCUCUGCCGAAAACGACAAGCAAAACUGGCCUAUGUGCUGUGCAUGGUCACCUGGGCCACUGUAACCAUAGCGGUCACAUCCUUUGUGGUGCUGUACUCGAUCAGGGAGGCUAGGAGUGUGGAUGACGGCAACAGAGAUGAAGUGUGUUACAGCGUAGCAGUGGAGGUCGGUGGGGAAGCAUCUCGUGUCUUCAGUUUAGUGGCCAUUUCACAGUUCUUUGUCUUCUUCCUGUUGGUCUUAUGCCCUUACAUGGCAGUGAUCAGGCACAUCUGGAGGUCCAGAAGAAGCGCGGUCAUCUCAGACAGCCAGCGAGUCUACGCAAGAGUGUUUCGGAAUAUUGUUGUCAUUAUGGUGGUGCUGGUGGUCUGCCUCCUGCCGCACCACAUCUACAAAGCCAUCUUCGUUCAUAUCGUCAACGAGCAGUCUUGGUCUGCAUCACCUCCAAAAGACGCUUGCCAUCCACUGUCCAUGUACGUGGAGGUGAAGAGCAUCCUGCUCUGUUUAGCAACUCUGCGAUGUAGCACAGACCCCAUCAUGUACUUCCUGCUGGACAAGACGUUUCGUAAUCAUGUGCUUAGCCUGCUGACAUUACGCGCUAGCGCAACUGACAGUCAGUCAUCAAAGUCUAACAUGGGACAGUUAUCUCAGGCAGCAAGCGUGUGCCUUUAGACCAGAAGUGCCCAAACUCGGUCCUGGAGGGCCAAUGUCCUGCAGAGAUUAGCUCCAACCUGCCUCAACACACCUGCCUGGAGGUUUCUAGUAUGCCUAGUAAGAGCUUGAUUAGCUGGUUCAGGUAUGUCUAAUUGGGGAUGGAUCUUUUGUUGCAAGUCCCUAUAAAGUAACCAGAUGUUUUGUAAAGUCAGACUGAUACUUCCGUUCUCACACCACUUUGAAUUGCUGGAGUACUUUGUGUAGCUAUAAAUAGACAGUUUAGCCAAAAAUGUAAAAUUCUGUCAUCAAUUACCUUUCUUCUGUCAUUCCAAACAUUGAUGACAUUCUUUCUUCUUUGUCUAUUUUGUCUUACACAAAGUCACCAUUAAAUGGACAUUCACCAAUUAUCCAAUUAUUUAGUCUACUUGUAAACCUGCCUCUCUCUUACAUUUGACUAGAAACUUGCAUUCUGAUGAGUCUCUUUCAGAUCAUAAACCAAUGAUUUGAACCAAG